UAAAUGCAUCCCUAAAGCCUCUUCCUUCACAUUAGCCACUCUGAUUGGUUCAUUCAUUCGCCGCACCAAUCGAACCCUAAUUUCUUCUUGGUUCUAAAUUCUAGACGAAAGUUAGCCACUCUGAUUCGUUCAUUCAUUCGCCGCACCAAUGGAACCAUCACCCGCUGUGGAAGCUCUCGAAUCCGCCUCCGUCUCAGACCCUGACACUGACACCACCCAAUCAUCCAGUUCAACGCCUCAGUUGAGCCUCGAGCUGAGGUUUCAGAUUGUGAGAAGCGUCGGGGAAGAGUGCAUUCAAGAAGAUGAGCUCCUUAAUCUCCUUGCCAACAAGCCUGAGCCUGUUUGCUAUGAUGGCUUCGAACCCUCUGGACGAAUGCACAUUGCUCAGGGUGUCAUGAAGACAAUCAAUGUGAAUAAGCUAACAUCUGCGGGUUGCCGUGUCAAAAUAUGGAUUGCUGAUUGGUUUGCCAAGCUAAACAAUAAAAUGGGGGGAGAUUUGAAGAAAAUUGAGAUUGUCGGCCGCUAUUUGAUCGAAAUUUGGAAAGCUGUUGGGAUGGAUCUGGAAGGGGGGAAGGUUGAGUUUUUGUGGUCGUCGAAAGAGAUUAACGCUAGAGCUCAUGAAUACUGGCCUCUAGUGUUGGAUAUAGCUCAGAAGAACAACCUUAAAAGGAUUAUCAGGUGUAGCCAAAUAAUGGGGCGGGGUGAACAUGAAGAAUUGACUGCUGCACAGAUAUUCUAUCCAUGCAUGCAGUGUGCUGACAUUUUUUUCCUCAAGGCUGACAUUUGCCAAUUAGGAAUGGAUCAGAGGAAAGUGAAUGUACUUGCCAGAGAGUAUUGUGAUGACAUUAAGAGGAGGAACAAGCCCAUUAUCUUAUCACACCACAUGUUACCUGGCCUACAACAAGGGCAAGACAAGAUGUCAAAAAGUGACCCAUCAUCAUCCGUUUUCAUGGAAGAUGAGGAGGCUGAGGUGAAUGUGAAAAUAAAAAAGGCUUAUUGCCCGCCAAAAAUUGUGGAAGGAAACCCAUGCUUGGAGUACAUUAAAUAUCUUAUCUUCCCCUGGUUUAAUGAGUUCACAGUGGAGCGUAAUGCAGAUAAUGGUGGGAAUAAGACAUUUAAAAGCUCUGAAGAGCUGGUUGCUGCCUAUGAAAGUGGAGAGUUACAUCCGGGUGACCUUAAACCAGCCUUGGCGAAGUCAUUGAAUAAAAUUCUUGAGCCUGUAAGGGAACACUUCAGAAAGGACAACAAUGCUAAAGAGCUGCUAAAAAGGGUCAAGGCUUACAGAAUCACCAAGUAAUAUGCAGAAUAAGAGAUUUCCAGCUCCAAUUAAAUUAUUUGCCUAACAGCCGUACAAUUUUCACAUUACUAAGUGCAUAUUUAGAUGAUCUAUGAGAAAUAUGGUAAAGAUUGGCAUAGCAUGUUAGUUUCAGAUAGUGGUAUGCAUCUAUGGGGUGUAUUGAACCCAGAGACAUAGGAAGUUCUUUUUAGAGACUCAUUUCACUUUUCUUAUAAAUGUUGGACUGUUAUUAUAAUAUUAUUUCCUCAACGUUAAAACACACUUUUGGCAUAAAUUAUCAGUUCUUACUGUUACAAA